AUGGGAUGCCAGCAGCAGCAGCAGCAGCAGCAGCAGCACACGGAAGCGAGCAAGGGAGGAGAAGUCGAUACCAACACGCAAGCUGCGAGCGAGCAAGGCAAGGUCAGGUAUUCGCCUGUCUUAGGGCUGGUUUGUGGUCGUGUGGAUGGCUGGGAGAUGCGAGAUGGUCGGCUGCUGGGGCUGUUGAGUUGGGUUGAGAGAGAGAGGGCGGGCGGUUGCUGGAGCGGCGCUGGGGCUGGUGGUUUGUUUGGGCUGGCGGUGGUUGAAGGGAAGAAGAAGAAGAAGAAGAAAAAGCAGGAAAAAAAAGGGAGGGCGAGAAAAGGCGGGAAAAGGCGAGCGCGGGACCAGGCAAGGCAGCUAAGCAAGAACGAGACAUCCAGAGAAGACGAGAGAAGCCAGCCAGAAGAGCGUAAAAGAAAGGACGAAGAGGAAGAAGAAGAAGGAGAAGGAAAAGAAGAAGAUAAAAACCACGCUAUGCAAACGCCAGAUCAGAAAGAGAAAAGAAGAAAAGGAAGAAAAAGGACAAAAAUGCCGCCCAGGGGAGAGAGUAAUGUACAAUCGGUCUAA